UAGGCCUUGGGGCCUCCCCUCGGGCUGUUUGCUCCCAGAGGCCUUCGAGGCUCGCUGAGCCCAGGGAUUUAGAGAGACGCAAGCGGUGAGGGGGCCCGGAACGUUCCUUCGCGGAACCAUUGAGACGAGGCCCCAGGGAGCGCGUGGAGGAACGGACCGCGGCGGCCGGCCAGACGGGCAGGGAUGGCGGCGGGGGCGGCCGACGCGGGGUCGGGGGCCGCGAUCCCCGUGGAGCUGCGGCGCGAGCGGCGCCUGGUGUGCGUGGAGUACCCGGGCGUGGUGCGCGACGUGUCCAAGAUGCUGCCGACUCUGGGGGGCGAGGAAGGCGUCUCCCGGAUCUAUGCAGACCCCACCAAGAGGCUGGAGCUGUACUUCCGGCCCGAGGACCCCUACUGCCACCCCGUGUGCGCUAACCGCUUCAGUACCAGCAGCCUGCUGCUCCGAGUCCGGAGGAAGACAAGGCGGCAGAAGGGGGUGCCAGGGCCCGAGUCCCACCCCAAGGUCACGUUCGACGUGGAGAUCCUUGGCACUGUCUCCACCGUUUACAAAUUUCAAGUGUCUCUUCCAGGAAUGUCCGACUUCCAGUACUUGGCCGUGCACACGGAAGCGGGUGGCAAGCACACGUCGAUGUAUGACAAAGUGCUCAUGCUCAAGCCCGAGAAGGAGAGUUUCUUCCACCAAGAGCUGCCACUCUACAUCCCGCCACCCAUCUUCUCAAGGCUGGACACCCCGGUGGACUACUUCUAUCGACCAGAAACACAGCACCGGGAAGGCUACAACAACCCCCCCAUCUCAAGCGAGAACCUCAUCGGUCUGAGCAGGGCCCGGCGCCCCCACAACGCCAUCUUUGUCAACUUCGAGGAGGAUGAAGUACCUAUGCAGCCACUGGAGGCUGCCGUCCAGACGUGGAGGAAGGUGUGCACCAACCCCGUGGACCGGAAGGUGGAGGAGGAGCUGAGGAAGCUGUUUGAUAUCCGUCCCAUCUGGUCACGUAAUGCCGUCAAGGCCAACAUCAGCGUCCACCCUGACAAGCUCAAGGUCUUGCUGCCUUUCAUGGCUUAUUACAUGAUAACAGGUCCCUGGAGAAGCCUGUGGAUUCGGUAUGGGUAUGACCCCCGCAAACACCCGGAAGCCAAGAUGUAUCAGGUCCUUGACUUCCGAAUCCGCUGUGGGAUGAAAUACGGUUACGCCCACAGCGACAUGCCCGUCAAGGCCAAGCGCAGCACCUACAACUACAGCUUCCCCAUCACCAUCAAAAAGACGCCCAGCCAGGUUGUCAGCAUGCGUGAUCUGAAGCAGGGCCUGGGCCCGUCGGGGACGGCCAGCGCACGGAAAUCGGCCUCCAACAAGUACAAGCUCAAGGACUCUGUCUACAUCUUCCGGGAGGGGGCCUUGCCGCCGUACCGACAGAUGUUCUACCAGUUAUGUGACUUGAAUGUGGAAGAGUUGCAGAAGAUCAUUCACCGCAAUGACGGGGCCGAGGAUUCUUGCACAGAGCGGGAUGGAUGGUGCCUCCCCAAGACCAGCGACGACCUGAGGGAUGCCAUGACCCUCAUGAUCCGGCAGACCAUCCGUUCCAAGAGGCCUGCUCUCUUCUCCAGCCCAACGAAGGCUGACGGUGGGAAAGAGCAGCUGACGUACGAGUCUGGGGAAGAUGAAGAGGAGGACGAGGAGGAGGAGGAGGAGGACUUCAAGCCGUCAGAUGGGAGUGAGAACGAGAUGGAGACGGAGAUUCUGGACUACGUGUGACGCGGCCCUGGGCCCAAGGCUGGGCCUCCCUGACCAGGCGAGACUGGUGUCCGGCCUGAUGAGGGAGCCAGGACAAGCCAGGGCUCCCUGGUGCUGCCCACAGGAGCCAGAACGGCCCUAGGAGGCCCCUCUGAGGAAAGCUGGCUGGGAUCCCAGCACUGGUCCUGCCUGCGGCUGACCCUGGUCCUUCCCUCGGCCUGCCACGCCAGGCUGCCCUCUGGCCCUGGGUGCCUGGGGACAUCCCUGAAGGUUGUGCCCUGGCUUCAUGCGGCCAUGAGCCAGCUCAGUGUCCAGUGGGCUGAGCUGGUGCCCAGCAGUCUCUCUGGCUGAGACCAGCAAAAACUGGAGGUGGAGAUGGUGCAGCUAGGGGAGCAGCUGGUCUUGGCUUUGGUCGCAUGACUGAUGGCAGGGACGUGUGAGGGGCCUGGUCCAUGGUCACAGAUGGCUGAAGACUGUCCUUGGGUUUGGAUCCCAUCCAUUUGGGGUGGCCUGGCAAAGGCUAGGCCCAGCUGGAAUUGUCAUUAAGUGCAUUUUCCCAAGGAGUCUUGGUGUCUUAGUGGGGGUGUCGGAGCCAGAGGGGAGUUUCCUUUUGCCUUGGGGCUUGGGCUCCCACCAGACCCUCACUUGUUCCUUCAGUCAUUCAUUCAGUGACCUCAUGCUGGGCGAUGCCUGCACAGUGGAGAACAGGCCUGAUGCCCCUCACCAGGCAGGUCGGGUGAGAGCAGCUGAAGGAACCGCAGCCCCCGGUCCCGGAGCUGCAGCCCCGUGUUUAUCCCUUACUGCUGCACGUGGCUGUGUGUCUGUCUCAUUUGCAGUGUCUGCCUCAUGUGACGACAAAGGUGCAUUUACCCUCACAGAGUGUGCUCCAGCCCAGAAGAACAUUUUUUAAAAGUAUUUGCCUAAGUUCUGUGUGCCAUUAAAUCAGCUGGGUUAGUUUUCUA